AUGAAUCGCACAACGGGCAACCGCAGCCGCGCAGUGCCGCCUGUGCUGGGCGCCUUGCGAACAAAGCUCGAGUCAGCAAAGGACAAAAUGGACGCGGAGCUGCGCUGCUUCUGUCUCGACAUCUUCCAUCCGCUCUCCCCGCUCGCCCUCCUCCCCACCCACUCGCCUCUCCUCCUCCUCCCCGCUCACUCGCCCCCCUCGCCCUUCCCCCCCCAGUCCUCCGCGCAGUCCCCCCUCCCCUCGCCUAUGUGUCCCUCAGACUCCCCCUGUACCCCUGUCACGCCUGUGCCCAGCAUUGGUAGAGGCCCUCGUCUUGUGUCGGGGCAGAUGGGAGCACAGGAGGCCAUGCGCAGUAGAAGCGACGACAGGCUGUCGCCAGCUGGCGUGGUGCCAGUUGGGCUGGGUGAACAUCCGGGUGGGAGUGGCAGGGGGCAAAUGGCAGCACAGGAGGCCAUGCGCAGCAGAAGCGACGACAGGCUGUCGCCAGCUGGUGUUGUGGUGCCAGGUGGCGUGUCGCCAGCUGGCAUGGUGCCAGCUGGGCUGGGUGAACAGCCCCUUGGGAGUGUUGACUUGUUGACCUCUGGGUUGACUGGGUCAGCUCUGGGGCUGACUGACAGGUUGUCACCACCUGGUGUAACGAGCGAAUCGUGGCUCGAUUUCACUCGGAGCUUCCAGGAGAAUCAACAGUCUCAGGGGGGUGUGGGCGGCCUUGAUGGUCUUUUGCCCUCCCCGCCUGAAAAAGCUGCAGGUUCAUUAGCUAGUGUAGUUGAUCUUACAGCUGGGACAGAUGUUGCAGCAGCAUUGACGGGUACUGUAGCAGCAAGCGCAGGUGCAGGUGGUGCAGCAGCAGUGGUGUCGCAAGGGAUGCAAGGGAAGUUAAGCAGGUCUCCUCAGGCAAUAGGGAUGGUGGGGGGGAGUGUGGUUGCGCCACGGCCUCCUAAGUCUCCCCAGGGGGUGAAAGAUUCGCAAGAGAGUGUAGAGGUGAAACACCUCACCAGACGUGGGGAGCUGGAAGAGGGUAAAGAAGAGGGAAGGGCAGAGGGCGAGAAUGAGACUGAUGGUGUGGUGGAAGAUCGGGUGGAGAAGGAAGGGUGGCAGGAAAAGGGAUACGAGAGUGUGAUUGAUGUUGCUGUGGCUGCUCCUGUAGCCUCUAGGGGUGCAGGCGUGCAGGGAAAGCCAGAGCCAGAGCUGGGGUUAGAAGUAGGGUUAAGUGAGGUGGUGAGAGAGAGCAGAACGGGGAAGUUGACAGAGGCAGAACGAAGGGUCUUAACAGCAAGCACAGUGAUGGAAGGGAAAGGGGCGAUUUGGGUGAUAGGAGCAGCGGAUUUGCAAGAAGAGGUGCGAGAGGAGGAGCUGCAAGAUGGUGUGUUGGUGGAUAGGGAGGUGAAAUUGGAAAUGAAAGAGCGGAUACAGACUCGAGAUUCUGAUCGAGAGGUUGCUGGUCUGAAAAGAAGGGAGGUGAUGCCGUAUGAUGACUCCGUUGGAAAAACGCCCAAGCUGGCACCUGAAAAAACACCUGAUGGAGCACCUGAGGGCGGUUCCCUUUCAUGUCCUCCGGAGGAGAUGCUUCACCUGCCACUGGUUCGGAUGAGUCGAGGCAGUGAUCUUACCACCCCGUUUCAUGCUCUCCUUCCCCUUGGUGAUGCUUCCUUUGCCGCUGUUCUGUCAAGCCAAUCGGAUGCUGCUGUGCCAAGCAGUGGUGGUGGGCUUGGCAGCUCCUGGGAUGGUGCUGCUGGUGAUGUGGCAGCAGUGGGGGAGGGGAAAUGGAGGGUAGGAGAGCCGAGGGAGGAGCAGGAAGGACAGUUGAAGGAAGGGCAGGUUGAGCAAGGGCUGGUGAAAGAAGUGCUGAUGCAGCAAGGGCAGGUGAAAGAAGUGCAGAUGCAGCAAGGGCAGGUGAAAGAAGUGCUGAUGCAGCAAGGGCAGGUGGAGCUAGAGGCAAUGGGUGGUGAGGUUGGGAGCAAGGCACUGGUGCAAGCGGCGGUUGCAGACAAGGGAAAGGGGGUAGUGGGCGUUCAAGAGGAUGGGGAGGUGGAGGGGAAGGGGGAGGUGGAGGGGAAGGGGGAGGGGGAGGGGGAGGGGGAGGGGGAGGGGGAGGGGAUAGUGGUUGAUGAAGAGGCGGUUGAGGGGGUUGAAAAGCAUGCUGACAAGGCUAAUCUAUGCAUCGAGUGGGAGAAGCAGCCGCAGCAACUGCAACAGCCGCCACCCCCACAUGAGCAGCAGGCGGCAAGCACAGUGGGGGCGGGCGGAGUAGUGGGAGCACGAGGACCAGCAGGAGCAGUAGGAGCGGCGAGUACAGGCGUGGAUGAGAGUGUGUUAUUGGAGAUUGUUAAAGAGAGGCUUAAGCUUGAAAGGACCAGCUCGGGUAAGCUUCUGCCCUACAGGUACGGCUUCUGGGGACGGUGUGAUAGUCCUGGGCGGCAGGAUAGCGUCCUGCGACAGAAUAGUGUUGGGCGGCAGGAUAGCAUUGGGCGGCAGGACAGCACCGUGCGGCAGGAGGAUUGGAAAGCCAUAGUAGAUGAGUUGAAGGGAGUGGACGAUGGGACAUUGAAGGGCGGCCAAGAGCCAGAUGACAUGUAUGGGGGAGAAGGAGAAGACACACAAGGCAUGGGAAACGAUGCAGGAUGCACGGGAAUGGCAUCAGGAUCUGGGACGGGAGAAGGCAUAGGAGCACAGGGAGAGGCAGGAGUAGGGGCAGGGGUGGGGUCAGUGGCAGGGGCAGGGGCAGGGGCAGGGGCAGGGGCAGGGGCAGCAGCAGGGGCAGGGGCAGCGGCAGGGGCAGGGGCAGGGGCAGCGGCAGGGGCAGGAAAGGUGGCGGUUUCAGGGGCAGAGGCAGGCAUGGGGGCAGAGAGGGGAAGGGUGAGCAGAGGCACAUCGGCGAAAGAGAAUCGUGAGGAGGAGGAAGCAGUGGUGAUGUGCCGGAUAUGCGAGGAGGAGGUGCCACUGCGGGACCUACAGGAGCACUCGUGCCUCUGUGCCCUGGCGAAUCGGUGUGAUGACACGCGGUUACCACUGGAUGAGCGGUUACAUAGGCUCGGUGCUGGAUGCUCUCUCUUGAAUGCUCCCCCUUGCAUUUCCUCUCUUCUCUGCUUACCCCAUCCCCCUCUCUACCCCGCCCUGCCUUCCCCAACCCCGCAGCUGAACGAUCUAGCGGACAUAGCGGAGGAUGUGGGGGAGGUGCAGGUGGGGCAGGCGGACGCACUCGCUCUGCUCUCCACGGACAUCCGCGACCUCUCCGCCCUGCUGCGCUCGCACGCCGCCCGCUUCCCCUGCGUGCAGAUCUUCGGGCUGCGCAUUGCGAUUCUGCUGCAAGAGAAGUACCAACGAGUGCUGCAGCUUCAAGCAUUUCAAAGCGGGCCCGAAGCAGCAGCUGCCUCUCCCAGCGGCAACCGCAGCGCCGCUGGGGGCCCUCUGGCUCUGCCCCACUCACUGGGGAGCGUUGGCAGCGUUGGGAGCAGGGGAGGCGGGGGCGGGGGCGGAGGGGCGAUGGGGGAGAAGGAGCAGCGCACGACGAUUGAUGACUUUGAAAUCAUCAAGCCCAUCAGCAAGGGCGCGUAUGGGAGGGUGUUCCUGGCGCAGAAGAGAACGACAGGAGACCUGUUUGCCAUCAAGGUCCUGCGCAAGGCGGACAUGAUCCGAAAGAACGCAGUGGAGAGCGUACAGGCAGAGAGGAACAUCCUGGCUUCUGCCAGGAGCCCGUUCGUGGUGCGCUGCUUCUACUCGUUCACGUGUCGGGAGAACCUCUACAUGGUGAUGGAGUAUCUGGAUGGGGGCGACCUCUUCUCGCUGCUGCGCGCCUGCGAGGCUCUGGAAGAAUCCACCGCAUGCUUUUAUACUGCCGAGUUGGUGCAAGCACUGGAGUAUCUGCACUCGCUGGGGGUGGUGCAUCGGGACAUCAAGCCAGACAACCUGCUUAUUGCACAUGAUGGGCACAUCAAGCUGACGGACUUUGGGCUGUCCAGGGUGGGGCUCAUCAACAGUGCCGGGGACCUCUCCACCAAUCAGCAGCAGCCCAUCCCCUCCCACCACGCCUCCGCGCCUUCCUCCCCUGGCAAACUCUUCCCCCACUCAUACAGCGUCAGCUCCGAAGGUGCAGCAGCAGACUCACCGCUCUGGACCGCAUCCAGCCUGCAGGAGUUCCCCUCGCCCCGCUCUGGACCCCCGUCCACUCUCUCGGCAGGAGGGGGAGGAGGGGGAGGGGGAGGGGUAGGGGGAGGGGGAGGGGGGAUGCACUGUUCGUCUCCCUCUCAGAUCAUCACACAGCGGUGGCAGCAGCAGGCCCAGCAUGCCUCCCUGCUGAGACGCCUGACGGGGGCUGGCGAGGGUUAUGGGACCGGUAGCACUGGCAGCGGGAAUGGGUGGGGGAACAGCAACGGCAAUGGUGAGAGUGAUGAGCGUAAGGGAGGGGGAGAUUGCAUCGACAACCCAGAGGCAGGCAAGGAAAAUGGGGAGGAGAAUGGGGAGGAGAAUGCUAACAGUGAAGCCACCUGUGCUUCUGGUGGGGUUGGAGGAGCGGUAGGAGGAGAAGGGACAGAGGGAGGGCGAGUGGAAGGAGGAGAAGGGACAGAGGCAGGGCGAGUGGAAGGAGGAGAAGCAGGAGAGGGUACAGGGAGGGUGGCAGCAGGAACAGGGGGAGCUGCAGUGGGCGGAGGGGCAGGAGGAGGAGCAAGGGGAGACGGAGCAGCAGGGGAGAGCAGGGGAGCAGGAGCGGAGGGGGGAGGGAGAGUGGCAGUGGAAGCAGUGGGAACGCCAGACUACUUGGCUCCUGAGAUUCUGCUCGGCCUUCCACACGGUCCAGUAGCGGACUGGUGGUCGGUGGGAGUGCUGCUGUAUGAGCUGCUGGUGGGCAUCCCACCCUUCAACGCCCCCUCUCCUCAGCAAAUCUUUGACAACAUAUUGAACCGUGACAUUACAUGGCCUGCCGUGCCAGAAGACAUGUCAUACGAAGCCAAGGACCUUAUUGACAGGCUUCUCACAUUCGAUCCGGAUGAGCGACUUGGCGCCCAGGGAGCAGACGAGAUCAAGAGGCAUCCCUUCUUUCGCAACAUCGAUUGGGACACCCUCUCCUCUGAAAAGCCCCCAUUUAUACCCGAGCCGGAGAAUGCACACGACACGAGCUACUUUGCAUGCCGCUACGGACCAAGUGCUCUGGAAGGAGGGGAGGGCGUGGGAGGAAUAGGAGGGGCGGAUGGGCGCAGCAGCAACUACAGCAGCAGCGGCGGCAGCACAAGUGAUUCAGAAGAUUUGGAGAUGGAACGGCACGAUGAGGCAGGGGACAUGCCGGCGUUCCAGUCCAGUGCUGUUGACUUCUCAGGCUUUUCCUUCAAGAACCUCUCCCAACUGGCUUUCAUCAACACGGAGAUUCUUGAAAGGCGACAGAGCCCACCCAACGGGCCCGCAACCGAGUCUCCAUGA